AUGGCGCGCCGCGAGUCUCUCUCCGAGAUUCGCGCCGCCGACCCUGACCUCGCCCUGACGGGCAACAUCAUCUCGGCCACCUUCAACAUCCCCCACGCCCUGACCUACCACAAGGGGGCUGACUGGGACCUCAAACCCCGCCGUGGCCAGUCGGCCCUCUUCGACUCCUUCGCCUACCUCUCCUCCGACGCGACCCCCUGGAACCACACGGUCGUCGCCUGGACGGGCGAGAUCGAACCGCCCGCCGCCGCCUCCGACCCGACGUCGUCCUCGGCCUCGACCUCGGCCGCCCGCCCCUCCCUCAACGCCCUCUCGGCGCCCGUCCCCUUCGACGCGAGCACCCGUCUGCCGACGCCGCCCCUCGUCGACGGCCUCUGGAUACCGAAGCAGGACCAGGCUCGUCUCGAGCACCAGCUCUCGCACAGCGAGACGAUCCGCACGAUCCCCGUCUGGCUCGCCGACGACGCCGACGCCGACGCCGACGGCGUCCUCCUCGCCGACCAGGGCCGGUGGCGCCGCUUCGCCCAGCACGACCUCUACAACCUCUUCCACUACAAGCAGCACGAGCCGACCGACGGCCGACGCGAGCGCGUCCAGUGGGCCGACUACUACCGCCUGAACCAACGGUUUGCCGACAAGAUCAUCGAGGCCUACAAGCCCGGCGACGUCGUCGUCGUCCACGACUACUACCUCAUGCUCCUGCCGAGCAUGCUGCGCCAGCGCAUCCCGGCCAUGUACGUCUCCUUCUUCCUGCACGCGCCCUUCCCGAGCAGCGAGUUCCUGCGCUGCCUGCCCCGGCGCAAGGAGGUGCUCGAGGGCGUCCUCGGCGCGAACCUCGUCGGCUUCCAGUCCUACGGCUACGCCCGCCACUUCCUCAGCUGCUGCACCCGCAUCCUCGGCUUCCCCUCCGACGCCCUCGGCAUCGACGCCUACGGCGCCCGCAUCGAGGUCGCCGUCUUCCCCAUCGGCAUCGACGCCGCCAAGGUCGAGUCCUGGGCCGACGCCGACUCCGUCACGGCAAAGCACGACGCCCUCAGGAAGCUCUACGGCGGCAAGAAGAUCAUCGUCGGCCGCGACCGGCUCGACAGCGUCCGCGGCGUCGCCCAGAAGCUGCAAGCCUUUGAGCGCUUCCUCGAAGCCUACCCCGAGUGGCGCGAAAAGGUCGUCCUCAUCCAGGUGACGUCGCCGACCACCGUCGACGCCAACGCCGAGCGCGACGACGGCGACGACAAGAUCGCGAGCCGCGUCAACGAGCUCGUCAUGAAGAUCAACGGCCAGUACGGCAGCCUCGGCUUCUCCCCCGUCCAGCACUACCCCCAGUACCUGAGCCAGGACGAGUACUUUGCCCUGCUCCGCGCCGCCGACAUCGGCCUCAUCACCUCGGUCCGCGACGGCAUGAACACGACGAGCCUCGAGUACGUCGUCUGCCAGAAGCACGGCCACGGACCCCUCAUCCUCUCCGAGUUCAGCGGCACCGCCGGCAGCCUCCGCGACGCCAUCCACAUCAACCCCUGGGACCUCGGCGACGUCGCCCGGAAGAUCGACGGCGCGUUGACCAUGUCGGCCGACCGGCGGGCCGCCAUGCAGGCGAGCCUCUACCGGCACGUCACCACCCACAACGUGCAGUCGUGGACCGACGGCUUCCUCCGAAAGGUCCGCAGCGUCCUCGGCGACGCCGCCGCCGCCAACGCGACGCCCCUGCUCGACCGCGCCCUGCUGCUGUCGCGGUACCGGUCGGCCGGCCGGCGGCUGUUCAUGUUCGACUACGACGGCACCCUGACGCCCAUCGUGCGGGAGCCGAGCGCGGCCGUGCCGUCGGAGCGCAUCAUCCGCUCCCUCAAGAUGCUCGCCUCGGACGACAGGAAUGCCGUCUGGAUCAUCUCGGGCCGCGACCAGGAGUUUCUCAAGCAGCACCUCGGCCACAUCGCCGGCCUUGGCUUCUCGGCCGAGCACGGCAGCUUCAUGAGGAACCCGGGCUCGCAGACGUGGAUCAACCUCGCCGAAUCCUUCGAUAUGGGCUGGCAAGCCGAGGUCAUGCACGUCUUUCAAAAGUACACCGACAGGGUGCCAGGCUCCUUCAUCGAACGGAAACGCUGCGCGCUCACGUGGCACUACCGGCAGGCCGAUCCCGAGCAGGGCGUCCACAUGUCGCGGCAGUGCCACAAGGAGCUCGAGUCGGGCGUCGGCACGAAGUGGGAGGUCGAGGUGAUGCCGGGCAAGGCCAACAUCGAGGUGCGGCCGACCUUUAUCAACAAGGGCGAGAUCGCGAAGCGGCUCAUCUCCACCUACCACAACCCGCAGGCGACGCCGAAGGAGCGGGAGCCGAGCCCCGGACGGGUCGAGUUCGCCCUCUGCAUGGGUGACGACUUCACCGACGAGGACAUGUUCCGCAGCCUCAACGGCGCCUCCGGACCCGUCCUCGACGCCGACCACGUCUUUUCCGUCACCGUCGGCGCCAGCACCAAGGUGACGCUGGCCAAGUGGCAUCUCCUCGAGCCCGAAGACGUCAUCGACUGCGUCUCCCUCCUCGCCGGCUCCGUCGGCCCCUCGGGUCCGGAGCGGCUCGGCGAGGUGAACCUCGGCGCGCUGAGCGCGGUGGAGGGACACAUUCCCUCGGAGGAAAGGUGA